CGACCAGCUGCGAAAUUGGUGCCACAAAGACAACUUCAAAGAAUUGUAAAUCUGGGAGAGAUGAGGAAAUUUCGAUGCUUGCCUUAAGUUUGUAUAUGUUCAUGGACUUUCAGCCAUUUGGGUUUCCCAUUGGUAAAGCUAUUGCAAUGGAGAGAGUUGUGAGCGGUCUGAAUAACAGCAAGGACCGCCUGUGAUUAUCACAGUUAAGUGGUUGCUUGAUUUGACAGAGUUCCAUCACCGAAACAGAUCCUGAAAAAACUCCUCCAAGUUGGCA